UUCCAAUGCUGUCUGGUGACAACUUUACUGAAUGGAAGGAGAAAGUCCUUCUCACUUUAGGGUGCUCGGAUUUGGAUUUGGCAAUCCGUGUGGAAGAACCACCUAAACCCUCGGAAUCAAGUACGCCAGAUGCUAAGGCUUAUUAUGAGCGGUGGGAACGAUCUAAUCGCUUGAGCUUGAUGCUCAUAAAGGCUCAUAUAAGCCAAAGCAUUAGGGGUUCCAUCCCUAAUAGUGAUAAGGUCAAAGCUUAUAUGAAGGCAAUUGAAGAACAAUUUGUAAGCUCUGACAAGGCGCUGGCCAGCACCUUUAUGAAGAGGCUCUCAAGUAUGACCUUUGAUAGAAGUCAUACAGUGCGCGAGCACAUUAUGGAGAUGAGAGACAUUGCUGCUAAACUCAAGUCCCUUGAGGUUGAUAUGUCUGCACCAUUUCUUGUGCAUUUUAUCCUCAACUCUCUUCCUUCGGAAUAUGGUCCGUUUAAGAUAUCUUACAACACACAUAAAGAUAAAUGGUCAAUUAAUGAACUCCUGACCAUGUGUGUUCAAGAAGAGGAGAAGUUGAAGCAUGAGAUACCUGAAAGUGUUAAUUUGGUAACUCAUGAUAAGAGAAAUGCGAAGAAGGGCAAAAGUAUUCCUAUGAAGAAAAAAGGCAUUGUUGAUAAAGAUUCUUGCCAUUUCUGCAGAAAGAAGGGACACUAGAAGAAAGAUUGCUUGAAAUACAAGAAAUGGCUCUAGAAGAAAGGGUUUUCUAACUGUAAGGAAGCCGAUGGGAAGUGAAAAAAAGGUUUAUUCUGGAAAUGGGAUGCCAUCAACUGUGGAAGGCGUGGGGACUUGUAGGCUUAUUUUAAAAGAUGGUUUUCAAUUAGAUUUAGAAAAAACCUUUUAUGUUCCAUCGUAUUCUAGAAAUUUAAUUUCUCUUUCAAGACUAUCAGUUGCUGGCUAUGAUUUCAAUUUUCAUUAUUCUUUAGUUAAAUUUUUGAAAGAUAAUAAGGUUAUUGGUUUUGGAAAUUUGGAUGGAAGAUUAUUU